AUGCUUCUUACAACAACAGGUAUCCGACUUGCUGGCGGAGCUAACACCUCAUUUGAAGGCAGAGUUGAGGUGUUCCAUGACGGCCAAUGGGGAACGGUCUGUGACGAUGGAUGGGGGCUGAGUGACGCCCGAGUUGUCUGUCGUCAGCUGGGAUAUCCCGGGGCAAAAGCAGUUCUUGGAUCAGCAGCUUUCGGGCGGGGGUCUGGGCCGAUCUGGCUGGACGAUGUAACCUGCGAUGGUUCCGAGGCAACCAUUUCUGACUGUGGACACAACGGUUGGGGGAUACAUGACUGUGGACACGGAGAAGAUGCCGGAGUUGUUUGUGAACGAGGUAUCCGACUUGUUGGCGGAGGUUUCACCUCAUCUCAAGGCAGAGUUGAGGUGUUACAUGACGGCCAAUGGGGGACGGUCUGUAACAACAGUUGGGGGUUAAGUGACGCCCGCGUGGUCUGUCGUCAGCUGGGAUAUCCCGGUGCAACAGAGGCUGGUGUAUGGGCAGCAUUCGGUCGGGGGUCUGGGCCGAUCUGGCUGGACAAUGUAACCUGCGAUGGUUCUGAGGCAACCAUUUCUGACUGUGGACACAACGGUUGGGGGAUACAUGACUGUGGACACGGAGAAGAUGCCGGAGUUGUUUGUGAACAAGGUAUCCGACUUGGCGGAGCUAACACCUCAUUUGAAGGCAGAGUUGAGGUGUUCCAUGACGGCCAAUGGGGAACGGUCUGUGACGAUGAAUGGGAGCUAAGUGACGCCCGCGUGGUCUGUCGUCAGCUGGGAUAUCCCGGGGCAAAAGCAGCUCUUGGAUCAGCAGCUUUCGGGCAGGGGAUUGGGCCGAUCUGGCUGGACGAUGUAACCUGCGAUGGUUCCGAGGCAACCAUUUCUGACUGUGGACACAACGGUUGGGGGAUACAUGACUGUGGACACGGAAAAGAUGCCGGAGUUGUUUGUAUCCGACUUGUUGGCGGAGGUUCCACCUCAUCUCAAGGCAGAGUUGAGGUGUUCCAUGACGGCCAAUGGGGGGCGGUCUGUAACAACAGAUGGGGGUUAAGUGACGCCCGCGUGGUCUGUCGUCAGCUGGGAUAUCCCGGGGCAAAAGCAGCUCUUGGAUCAGCAGCUUUCGGGCGAGGGUCUGGGUCGAUCUGGCUGGACAAUGUAACCUGCGAUGGUUCCGAGGCAAACAUUUCUGACUGUGGACACAACGGUUGGGGGAUACAUGACUGUGGACACGGAGAAGAUGCCGGAGUUGUUUGUGAACGAGGUAUCCGACUUGUUGGCGGAGGUUUCACCUCAUCUCAAGGCAGAGUUGAGGUGUUACAUGACGGCCAAUGGGGGACGGUCUGUAACAACAGUUGGGGGUUGAGUGACGCCCGCGUGGUCUGUCGUCAGCUGGGAUAUCCCGGUGCAACAGAGGCUGGUGUAUGGGCAGCAUUCGGUCGGGGGUCUGGGCCGAUCUGGCUGGACAAUGUAACCUGCGAUGGUUCUGAGGCAACCAUUUCUGACUGUGGACACAACGGUUGGGGGAUACAUGACUGUGGACACGGAGAAGAUGCCGGAGUUGUUUGUGAACAAGGUAUGCCCGAAAACAAUUCAAACUCUACUACUUGA